UUUGUUGGUGUUAACCACAAUUGGCAAAAUGUUCUCUUUGGCGUUGGUUUUUUGUCAGAUGAGACGACAGAGUCUUUCAAAUGGCUUUUCAAAACCUUCCUCCGUAUCAUGGGCGACAAUCAUCCAAUUACAAUAUAUACUGAUCAAGACCAAGCAAUGGGAAAAGCCAUAGAACAAAUCUUGCCAGAUACACGACAUAGAUUAUGCCAGUGGCACAUAUAUAAGAAGUUGGCCACAAAGGUUCACUGCGGGUUAGCGAAUAAAAUAGUAGCUAAUCUUUUUUAUAAGUGCAUGAGCAAAUGCGAGUCUGUAGAGGAAUUUGAUAACUCGUGGGAGAUGAUGAUUGAAAGUUGUAAUCUACAAGACAACGUUUGGUUAGAUGAGAUGUACAACAUCAGAGAUAAGUGGGCUACAGCCUUUAAUAAGGAUGUAUUCGGAAUGGGGAUUUUAUCCACCCAGAGAAGUGAAUCAACGAAUAAUAUUUGUCAUGGUGUUGCUAAGCCCACAAGUUCAAUUACAGAUUGUUUUCUGGGGCUUGAGCAAGUAAUGAGAGCAUGGAGGCGUAACGAGAAGGAUGAAUAUUAUAAGUCAGAUCAAUCUGUGAUCACUCCAGUUGCCAAAAGCAGUCCUAUAUUGCGGCAGGCAUCUGUAUUUUACUCGAGGAAGCUCUAUAAUAUGUUUGAGUUAGAAUUCAUUCAUGGAUCAUGUGGCCUUCAAUUGCAUGCCUCUAUGAACAAUGAAAAUGAAUUUUUUAUUAAUAAUUUGGAUGACCAGACCACAAACAGAACUUGGGUGGUUCAUUAUGAUCCCUUCAGUUUGGAGGUUCAAUGCAGCUGCAGAAAAUUCGAAAUGAUGGGGCUAUUAUGCGCCCAUGCUCUACGAGUAUUAAACUUUCUACAUAUUAAGAAGAUCCCAGAUAAAUAUCUCCUACUGAGAUGGUCCGCAAAUGUAAAGAGAGAUGUGUACAACAAUGAUGCAUACAAGCACUUCCAACAGUCACAAAUAAUGAACGAUGGGAAAGGUAGCUUAAUAUUCGAAACACACAUGCAAAAGAUGUCAUAUCUAUGCACUAAUAAAGCCAAGGGAAACGAAGAGGCUGAGCUGUGCAUGAAGGAUGCGAUGAAAAAAUUAUCAUUGAAUAUUGAUAAUAUAAUAAGUGGAAGAGUUCCAAAGUUAGUCAAACAACCUAAAAGUAAAAAAAAUCAGGUGAGUAAUCAAUCUAAUCUUCCUGAUCCCGCCAAAAUGCGACCCAAAGGAAUAUCCAAUGCCAGGCUAAAAGGUUACUGGGAGAGAAGAAAAAGAGCAAAAGGUACACCUGUUGAAGUUUCAAGUAGCCAAGAACCCAAGUCUUUCAAUCCUUAUCCAAACAUAUCAUCACUGCCUAAUUUUCUAACACAGAAUUUCUUUCCUCCAAGACAUAGAGAAUCAUACACUGCAAUGAUGACAGAUCCAAUACAUGAUCA